AUGGGCAUUCUCUCGUGCCCCGACGACCCCGCCGUCGCUGCAGUAGCAGCAGACUCAGUGACUGAAGAAGCCGCUGGUGCCUCGAUAGCAGCAGAGGCGACAAACACCUCUGUCCCUUCUGGAACGACAGAGCUGGAUGCCACGGAGCCGUGUCCGCAUCUCGACGCUUCCGAUGAAGUCCAACAAGCCCCCCCUACCUGGGGCGCCUGUGCCAGCGAGAAGCAAAACCCGUCGGAAGUAAAAGGCGAAGGAUCGGGCGCACUCGACGACCAGUGCAUUUCUGGCAAAGAUGAGAGGCAUCUGCAGCGGCACCACGAUGAAGCUGAAGGGAGCCUGAAGAAGGAAGGUUCCCCUGAAUGCGCUGAAUGUGGAAAGGACCAACCAGAGGUCGGUAGCUCCCAGGAGGGGAAAGCGGGGAUGUGCGAGACGUGUAGAAGCAAGGCGCAGACUGGGCGCAUGCAGGAUGAAUUGCAGGGGGAGGAAACAUUUGGGCACAACCCCCAGAUGGAGGUGUCGUCUGUAGCGCCUGCCCUUGAGGACACGGAAGGCCCUCACCACCGGGGGCAUGGGCCGGCGGAGGAAGGCGACGAGACUUCAGCAAAGAUACCAGGAGCAAGCCGCGGCAGCAGCAGCAGCAGCAGCGGUGGGAGCGGAUCGGGCACGGCUUCGAACCGCUUGCGGGGUUCGUCUGCUGCGGCUGGCGUGGCCAGCGCAGCAGGAGCUGCAACGGCAGCA